CAAUCGAUGGAAUUAAAAUACACCGAAGAUUAAACCAAGGCAAAACCGAAGAUUGGUGACCACUGGCUUGCAAGCAAUUACUACAAGACAAAAGUCUACUUAUCCUCUCAUAUGACACCACCAAAAAACUCACAGUUGCUUCUUCCAUGGCUUGCUCCGUUGCUUCUUCAACUAGAUUUCCCAAGAUGCAAUCCGGGGUAUGGUACAGUGGAUCUUUCACGGCAAGAGUCACAGUGAGAUGCUGUGAAACCGCAAACGAGCCUCCACGACCAAAAUCGAAGCUCCAAGUGGGAUCACCAAUCAUCAUCGUAGAAGCCCCCAAAGUUAUAAAAACAGCCGCUUCAAUGCCUUGUCUUAGAGCUAACUCUGGCUUGGUCAAGCCUGGCGAUGUUGGAAGAAUCGUAUCAAGAAAACCAAAGGACUUGUGGGCAGUUCGACUCUCCAUUGGAACGUAUCUUUUAGAUGGUAAAUAUUUCAAAGCUUUGGAGCUUGACGAAGAAGCUUCUGAUUGAGAUCAUAUAUACAACAAUAUUGAUAAAAUCUAAAAUCUUUCAAAUAUUGCUAAUAAUAUUGUGUAAGGAAAAGUUUUUUUUUUAAAUAAAAUAUCAUCAUUUUUAAUAUAA